GGAGACCAUGUGCACCAUCGGCUAUACAUGUGAGGAGAUUGUUUCAUCCCUAACUCACAGGCAAGAAGAUAAUCAUGUAACAGCUACUUGCAACAUUCUCAAAUAUCAGCUGAGUGGUGGGGACAGCCAUCAGCAAGAGCAGAUGCCCUGGUUAACCAUUAGCCCUGCAGUUCCUGUUCGCCUCCCUCUCCCCUUGAAGAGAGCCAGUGAACCAGCAUUUACAACCAGUACACAUGCUGGGAAGGGUCACUUUAAGGAGGAGGGUGUGGAGGAAAGAGGCAAAAGAUGUAGAAGCUACACCAUGCCUCACAGAUCCUCCUUCCUGGAGGUGCUGUCCUCUUCAGACAACACAGUCCCAGAAAGAGAAGCUCUUAUGGCUGACGUCAUCAACACUGCUACAGAGGACAUUGCAGUCAACAGGAAUUCUGUUGACCCCCUGCCUGGCAAUCUCUCCUCCCCUGAGUCAGUCUUGGAUGAAACACCCACAGGAUUUCUGAACCUGGGCUUCUGUGAAGAAGAUUCAUCCCAGGGGUCAGACAUUCCCAGUGACCAGCACCAGGUGGCACCCACAACAUCUGGCUCCAGGCCAUUCAGGGUCUUGAAGCUGGUGAGGAAGCAAAUUUCCCAUGCACUGAGAGCACUGUGCAGCUGCUGCUGCUGCUGCCUGCCCACCCCAAGUGUGGAAACUGAAAUGGCCCAAUAGAAUUCCAGACCUGGUGAGGAGUGACUGCCACAGAAGUGAGCCAGAACUCAUCUCCAGAGUGCCAGCUCCCUCCAACCCAGGGCAACAGGCUCCUGCCUGCAUUCAUCCUCCAGCUAUUGGGUCUGAGCUGCCAGUUUGCAUCUCUUUCAGCUUAAUCCAGCUUCAGAACAGUUGUGGGACAAUUGGGGUUCAUAAAGCAUAUGUACCCCAUGACCCUCUACCUUCCUAGCUUUGGUUGUGCUUGUAGGACCACUCACACUGCAUGGAAAACAGCAGCGUCUACAACCAGGAAGGACUUCAUACCAAUCUCGGCUGCUCAUCAUCUUGGUCACUUUAACCCUCCAACUUACUCUGUGACUGCCUUUUGGACAAAACAGCAAGACCUGUGUAAAUCCUCUGGAAAAUGGAGGUGGGUGAAAGGAGAUAAAGAGGACUAAUUGGGGAACAAUUUUGAGACAGGAAUAGAGGACAUGAGAGGUGGUGUAGAAUACGGAGUAGCGUCUGUCCUGAGGAACUUCCUGUCAACAAAGUAACAUGAA